CUGCUUCUCCUACCACCGAUCACACCCCCUACGGGCCGCGCCCCAUCACCGAUCACGCCCCAUAAAAACCUGAGCAGGAUGCCGGCCUUCCGACAGGUGGGCGAGAAGCAGCUUCCCCAGGAGAUCAUUUACAUGGCCUGGUCCCCCAAGAGGGACCUCAUCGCUUUGGCCAACAAAGUUGGGGAGGUUUUGCUCCAUCGACUUGCAAACUUUCAGCGGGUUUGGAGUUUACCACCGAACGAAAACACGGGGAAGGAAGUGACGGCGCUAGCGUGGCGACCCGAUGGCAAAAUUCUGGCCUUUGGUCUUGCUGAUACCAAGAAGGUGAUUUUGUGUGAUGUAGAAAAACCUGAAAGCUUGCAUUCGUUCUCUGUGGAUACAACCAUUACUUAUAUGCACUGGAUGGAAGUAACGGAAGAAAGCAGUGUUCUAACAUCCUUUUAUAAUGCUGAAGAUGAAUCAAACCUUCUCCUCCCUAAACUCCCUGCCCUGCCAAAAAACUAUAGCACCACUGCAAAAAUAUUUAGUGAAGAAAAAUCUGAUGAAAUCAUGAAGCUCUUGGGUGACGUCAGGCUUAAUGCUCUUGUCCUUGGGGGAGAUGCUGGAUUUAUAGAGAUUUAUGCUUAUGGAAUGUAUAAAAUUGCUAUGGUGACUGGGGUUGCUGGAUCCUGUCUUGGAUUAUGCUUAUCAAGUGAUUUGAAAUCCUUAUCAGUUAUUACAGAGGUACAGGUUUCGGGAGACUGUUCUCCGGAAAUUACGUAUUUUCAGCUUGAUACUAGCCUAUUGUCAUCUUACUUACCUGAAGUGACUCGGAUGGCCAGAAAGUUUACUCACAUUUCAACUCUCUUACAGUAUAUAAAGUUGUCCCUGACAUGCAUGUGUGAAGCAUGGGAAGAAAUUCUGAUGCAAAUGGACUCCCGCCUAACCAAAUUUGUCCAGGAAAAGAACACCACCACCUCCGUGCAAGAUGAGUUCAUGCAGCUGCUAUUGUGGGGGAAAGCGAGCCUCGAACUGCAGGCUCUAUUAAUGAACCAGUUGACAGUGAAGGGUUUAAAAAAGCUUGGUCAGUCCAUAGAGUCUUCAUACUCCAGUAUACAAAAAUUGGUCAUCAGUCACUUACAGAGUGGAUCUGAGGCCUUAUUGUACCACUUAAGUGAAUUAAAAGGAAUGGCUUUGUGGAAACAGAAAUAUGAACCUCUUGGAUUAGAUGCCACUGGAAUUGAAGAUGCCAUUACUGCUGUGGGUUCAUUUAUACUGAAAGCUAAUGAACUUCUCCAAGUCAUUGACAGCAGUAUGAAAAACUUCAAAGCUUUUUUCCGGUGGCUGUAUGUGGCUAUGUUGAGGAUGUCCGAAGACCAUGUUCUUCCGGAACUGAACAAGGUAAUGACCCAAAAAGAUAUCACAUUUGUUGCUGAUUUUCUUACUGAGCAUUUCAAUGAGGCACCAGAGCUUUACAAUCGAAAAGGAAAAUACUUCAAUGUAGAACGGGUUGGUCAGUAUUUGAAAGAUGAAGAUGAUGAUCUUGUUUCACCCCCAAACACAGAAGGAAACCAGUGGUUUGACUUUCUUCAAAAUAGCACACAUCUUAAAGAAAGCCCUUUGCUGUUUCCCUGUUUCCCCCAAAAGUCAUUGCACUUCGUUAAAAGAAGGAUGGAGGAGAUCAUUGAUCAUUGUUUGCAAAAGCCAGCAGAUGUUAUUGGCAAAUCCGUGCAUCAAGCCAUCUGUAUGCCGUUGUACAAAACAGCUAAGAGUGAGGACUCCAUCCCUAGAUUGUUUAAAUUGCCCUUCUUGUGGAAUGACAAGUCUUCAAACCUUCAUUAUGUUCUCUUCACCAUGUUGGAAAGUUCAGUUUCUAAAAUUUAUAUUUUGAGAAGACACACUGAUAUUUCCCGGUCUGCCAAUCAUGGAUUACUUGCUCUUGAGUUCGGAAAUUUCUUGAACACUACCAGUGAAAAUUUGGAAGGAAGCUUCUACAGCUGUUUAGAUGCGCAUUUCUAUGACGACGAAACGAUAACGGUCAUUCUUAAGGAGAACUCAGAACUAGAAGGAAAGGAGAGAGUCUUGGCCCAGUUGCCACUGGCUUCGGUAUAUCCUGAUGAAGAACAUGCAGAGAAGGAGUUCAGUGGGACUCCUGGGAAAAGGCUGGAUGAACAGAGCGAUGUUAUCCCCACACAUACCGUCCUUCUGGAGAGUCAGUGGAGAGUCCUGGAGAAUAUGAAAGCACAGUACGUUGCUGUGAAUGGUAUUCGAAAAGUCUCGUGCGUGCUGAGUUCAAAUCUCCGUCACGUCCGAGUGUUUGAAAUGGAUGUGGAAGAUGAUGGGGAGGUGGAAGAAGAGGAGGAGGAGGAAGAGGAGGAGGAAGAAGAGGAGGAAGAAGAAGAAGAGUUCCGCAGUGGGCCCAGAGAGCAGGAAGCGCUGAAUCAGUCUGCAGACCAGCAGGACAGCAGCUUGUGCGGUGGGUCCGCGGGGCUUGGCGAGGAGGCCGAGGAAGCCGAAUCCAACCUGGACACUUAAUAGAGCUUCUGGUGAGCGGUGCCCUCCCUGCCCCUCCUCAGAUCGGAACAGGGCCUAGGGUGUUCUUCAGUUGGUCUUUAUGUUUCUUUGUACCAAAGAAAUAAACAAUUGUUCAUGUCGCCGA